GUGUGUGUUGGGUAUUGGGAAACUAAAAUCCCACCUUCUCAGACGCAAUUCAUUGAUCUUUCUCUGAUUCUCUCUCUAUCUCUUCUAUAUUUGCAUUAACAUUAUUAUUCGUAUCUAUUUAUUAAUGAUGAAUCCUCUCACACAGCCAGCCGUACUGAUUCGCCAUCUUUUCACCCUUUAAUGAAAUCCCCUUCCUCUGCCAUCCCCUUUAAAACUUCACAGUCUUCUCCACAAGAAAGCUCAACAAUAACAAUGCAAAGCAGCUUCAAGACCGUUCCUUUCAACCCUGACUUCUACUCCCAAGCCUCUUUCUUCUUCAGAGGAGAUAGUUGUCUUGACGAGUUUCAUCAACCCAUCAACGGGUUUCAUCAUGACGAAGCUGUUGGUUUGAGUCCAAAUGUCACUGUUGCUGCUUCCAACAACUUACACUACACGACGUUUGAUACGGUCAUGGACUAUGGCAUGAGGGAGAGACUAGAAGGAGAAGAUGAGUGUUUGGACACAGGGGAGUUAAUGUACCAGAGAGGGACAAGGUUAGUGGGAGGAGGAGGAGGAGAAGUGAACAGCAGUUUAGACAAGUGGUGUGAUUCGGUUUCAGCCAUGGCUGAUAACAGUCAACAUACUGACACUUCCACAGAUAUUGAUACUGAUGACAAGUCUCAGUUAAAUGGAGUUCAUCAAGGGAUGCUUUUGGCUACAAAUUGUUCAGAUCAAUCUAAGACCCUUAGAAGACUUGCGCAGAACCGGGAGGCUGCUAGGAAAAGCAGAUUAAGGAAAAAAGCAUAUGUUCAGCAACUUGAGAACAGUCGGAUCAGGCUAGCUCAGCUAGAGGAAGAGCUCAAAAGAGCUCGUCAACAGGGAUGUUCGAGUGAAAGAGGAGUUUCAAGAGAAAACACUCAUGUGGCCGCCGGAAAUGGUGUAUUUUCUUUUGAAUUGGAAUAUGCACGUUGGAUGGAGGAACAUCAAAGGCUGAUCAACGACUUAAGAGCGGGUGUGCAUUCGCAAUUAGGUGACAACGAGCUACGUGUACUAGUGGACGCUGUGAUGAGCCACUACGAUGAGAUUUUCAGGCUUAAGGGAAUUGGUACUAAAGUCGACGUCUUUCACAUGCUCUCAGGCAUGUGGCAGACCCCUGCUGAGAGAUUCUUCAUGUGGUUAGGUGGAUUCAGAUCCUCUGAGCUACUCAAGAUAUUGGGGAACCAUGUGGAUCCGUUGACUGAUCAGCAGUUGAUAGGCAUCUGCAAUCUUCAGCAGUCGUCUCAGCAAGCAGAGGAUGCAUUGUCACAAGGCAUGGAAGCUCUGCAACAAUCGCUUCUAGAGACGCUUUCAUCUGCUUCAAUGGGUCCAAACUCUUCAGCUAAUGUUGCUGACUAUAUGGGUCAUAUGGCUAUGGCCAUGGGGAAGCUUGGCACUCUUGAAAACUUCCUUCGUCAGGCGGAUCUAUUGAGGCAACAAACAUUGCAACAGCUUCACAGGAUUCUCACUACAAGACAAGCUGCUCGUGCCUUUUUGGUCAUCCAUGACUAUAUUUGUCGGCUUAGAGCACUUAGCUCUUUAUGGUUAGCCCGACCAAGGGACUAAGCCUUGUCGUGGCCCAAAAGAAAGCAUAGCUCUCUCCUUUGUAGCCUUUUAGAUCACAUGUUUAAACUUAUUUAGUACGCUGUGUACGUUACCAUUUCAGAAUCGUUUAUAUUUGACUUGUUCCCUACGCUA